AUGAACUUUGAAGACGAGCUGAGUGCCCCGGUUUGGGAUGAUUUGGCACAUGCGAAUCGGGAACCUUUGGACGAAAUUGCCAAGGAAUUUAGGCCAGCAACGGCUGAGAAAACCGCCAAUAAGGAUGGUGAAGGUGUGACCUGGGAAUCGGGACAUACCGAAGAGGAUGAGAUGGCUGAAACAAAGAACGACACACCUGUGGUUAGAAACACAAACGAAGACUUACUUGCCUCAUUGGCUCCCGCGGAGGAUUCGUUGGCAAGCCUUACGUUGAAUUCAGGACAAGAACAACCUGGUAAGAGAGAUCCGUUAUUUGGAGAAAAUGAUAAGUCGCCCUUGAAAAUUGAGAAUGAGAGUGUUGUGACAGGUGUGUCGUCGUCGUCUUCAAAUCAAAAAAGACAGUUGAAACCUCAAAGACUGUUUACUACAGCGAGAUCAAGGCGACAUCCCUUGACGGAAGAACAGAAAAAGGGCUUGUUUAUGGAUCCAUUGGCCACGGAUGCAAAAAAAGACGAAGGAGAAGAGUUUGUCGAUGAGUCUCUGGACUAUGAGCCCAUUGCGCACGGUAAUGGUGAAAGCAUUUUACAACAAGUUGAUGCGCCGCUGUUCCGUUUGUCUCCCAGAAAAUUGCCGGCGAUUCCACCGAAAAAUGGGUCAAGUGAUAAAGUUUCAGAAUUCAUUUCAGAAGAGGAGACACCAUUAAAUCAAUUUAGAAUCGAGGUUCUGGAUCCGGUUAAAGUCGGUGAUAUCACAUCUGCACAUGUAGAAUAUUCCAUUCGGACCCAUGCUCAACAUUUGGAUCCGGCAGAUUUCCAAGUGAAACGGCGAUACCGCGAUUUCCGUUGGCUUUACCGUCAGUUGCAAAACAACCAUUGGGGUAAGAUUAUUCCACCUCCUCCAGAGAAACAGGCUGUGGGUAGAUUCAAAGAUGAUUUCAUAGAAAACAGAAGAGCUCAAAUGGAGAAAAUGUUAACGCGGAUCUCGCAGGACCCCACGUUGCAGAAGGAUCCAGACCUUAUCAUGUUUUUGAAAAGCCCGGAUUUCGGACAAGAUUCCAAAAUCAGAGAGAAUCAAACGCGGUCAAAUGCUUCCGGUGACAGUAACGAUAUUUCUGAAAUUCAUAUCAGUGAAAUCACGCUUUUGGGCGAAGAAGAUGCCAUAGACGUUCUCAAAACAGGCGGAUUAGAUGAAAGUCAUAAAAGUUUCAUGAACCUUUCCUUCUCCUCGCUUCCCAAAUACAAUGAACCCGAUUCAUUUUUCAUUGAACAAAGGCAAUCUGCUGAACUUUUGGAGGAACAGUUAAGGCAACUCUAUAAAUCCCUGGAGUUGGUUGACGUUCAGAAAAGCGAACUGGCCUCCGUUACGGACGAAUUUGUUCAAAGCAUCAAAACUCUUGAAGAGCUCGAGGUGUCCAAAAAGGCAUCUGACGUACUGUCAAGUUUCGCCAUUGUUCAUCAGAGGAUUAAAGAAUCUCUACAACGAAGCUCACUACAAGAGGCCCUCACUUUAGGCACAACAAUUGAUGAAUACACCAGGUCGCUAGGAAGCAUUAGAGCCGUUUUCAAUCAAAGAGCUAAAGUCGGAUAUUUUCUAAUGAUUGUUGAGAGCGAUUUAGUUAAGAAACAAUCCCAGUUGGAAAAGGCAAAUCGUAAUAUCAAGUCUGCUCCUGAAAGAGCGGAACAAGUAGCAAAAGACAUCACCAAGCUGCAAAAAAGAUAUUCAAAGAUAAAGGAAAAAUGGCAAGAAAUUGGAGAAACCAUCAGGCAGGAGCUCGAAAGACAUGACCAAGAGAAGAUGCGUGAUUUCCGAAACAAUAUGGAAAUCUAUUUAGAAGCCGCAAUCGAAACGCAGAAGGAGUGCAUCGAGUUAUGGGAAACGUUUUACGAAAACAAUCUGUAG